AUGCAGUGCGACAACACUUGCACCGACAGCUCGUCCAGCUGGAAGUCGCACAACUCGGUGUGCAACUCCACGGACUACAAGGCGGACAUGGCGGCGGCGUUCGGUAGUGCGCCCUACCUGCUGCAGGAGGCGUUCGAGAGCGACUGCGAGACGUUCCGCGGGGCUUCGGGGCUCCUCGCGUCGGGCGACUGCGAGCAGGUCAUCAUGUACGUGGACGAGUGGGGGUUCUCCACCUACGAGAAGAUUCAGCUCGAAGCCAAUGGCUCCCUCUCCAUCCGCUACUUCACGGAUCAAGAGUGCUCCACUCCGUUGGAUGGGAACGUUACGCUCACGUUCCAGAUCAACGCCAUGGACACGGAUGUCAAUCAAACCAUGCUCAACUCAAGCUCCUGCGACGAGAAUGGCUACAGAUACACCUACUUCACGAGCACAACAAGUGACAGCGGCAGUGCUGACUCGGGUUCGAACGCGUCCAACGCAACGACUAGCGGGUCGUCGUCGUCGUCUUCAGGGAGCAGUGUGGGUCUCAUCGCAGGGAUCGUCGGAGGAAUUGUCGCCUUGGUGUUGAUCGUGGCUGGGCUGUUCUUCUACUGCCGGCAUCGUUCAACGAGGAAAAACUUGGACGGCGACAGCAACAGCCGCACAUCGAGUACCAAGGGGGAUUCUAACUCACUUGAGGGGGCUGCACUGGGUCAAUCUGGCUUGUGGAAUGACGAUGUCAUCACCGCCAAGCGCAUCGCUAGACGAGAAAUCCAAGUGAAGAAUCUCAUCAGCCGUGGAGCCUUUGGGGAGGUUUACGAAGGAGUUUUUAACGACAAGAGGGUUGCAGUCAAGAUGUUGUCGCCAGAAAUUCGUGGAAGGAUUCGCUACGUGAACAAUUUCCUAGCCGAAGCGAAGCUGACGGCCAGCAUGGAACACCCACACGUCGUGCACUUCAUUGGAGUCGCCUGGGACACCUUGUCGGAUUUGUGCGUCGUGAUGGAGUUCAUGGAAGGAGGCGACUUGCGCUCGCUCUUGAGCGAGUACGAACAAUCUGGCCAUCCCGUGGGUAUCGACCGAGAGAAAGCCACCAUCGCUCUGCACGUCUGCCACGCGCUUACGUAUUUGCACUCAUUGGCACCUCCGAUUAUCCACCGAGACCUCAAGUCUCGCAAUAUCCUCCUGACUCACGACCUCAAGGCGAAGGUGACGGACUUUGGCAUUUCGAGGGAAAAGCUGGACCAGACGAUGACUGCGGGGGUCGGGACGUCGCUCUGGAUGGCGCCUGAAGUGAUGCUCGGCGAGCGCUACGACGACAAGGCGGAUAUUUUCUCGUUUGGCGUGGUGCUGUCCGAGUUGGAUCUCCAUACACUGCCGUACGCCCAAGCCAAGGACAAGAAUCGCGACUCAAACGGCCACCGCUUUCCAGACGCGCUUCUGCUGCAGCAGGUCGCGAUGGGGAAACUGCGAGUUGAGUUCUCGGAGGGAAGCCCUCGGUCAUUAGUGGAGGUUGGGGUGGCGUGUGUGUCGGUGGAUCCGAGACUGCGGCCGACAGCAGCCGAAGCACUGUACAAACUUCAGAAAGCUUUAACGCAGGAGCUUAAGCAGCUAACUAAGACUUGUGAGUAA